AGCGCCAGGGGUGGCGGGGCGGGACGGGACGGGACGGGACGGCACCGAGGGCACGGGACGGGACGGGGCGCUCACCCCCGCCGCCAUGCCCAAUGACUCCCCGGCCUUCGACAAGCCCCCGCAGGCCCCCGGCCCCGCGGACAAGGCGGGCGGCUUCGCCAAGGCGGCGGCCCAAAUGGCGGCCGCCCCGGCACCGGGGGUCGCGGCCGCCUCCGCCGCCUCCUCCGCGGCGGGGAAGAAGCUGCCGCGGCUGCCCAAGUGCGCCCGCUGCCGCAACCACGGCUACUCGUCGCCGCUGAAGGGGCACAAGCGGUUCUGCAUGUGGCGGGACUGCCAGUGCAAGAAGUGCAGCCUGAUCGCCGAGCGGCAGCGGGUCAUGGCAGCGCAGGUUGCACUGAGAAGGCAGCAAGCUCAGGAAGAGGAACUGGGAAUCAGCCACCCAGUACCCCUGCCCAGUGUCCCAGAGCAGUUCAUUAAGAAGAAUGGUGGUGGGAGCUCUUGUCUCUUGUUGGAAAGCAGCAACCCUACACACUCCAUGAGUACAGCAACAACAGCAACUAGCACGCCAUCAGAGGGACGGAUGCUCAUUCAGGACAUCCCUUCCAUCUCCAGCAGAGGGCACUUGGAGAGCACGUCUGAUUUGGUUGUGGACUCCACCUACUACACCAGUUUUUACCAGCCAUCCCUGUAUCCUUACUAUAACAACCUAUACAACUACUCCCAGUACCAAAUGGCAGUGGCUGGUGAGCCUUCCUCAAGUGAGACAGGGGGUGCAAUUGUAGGGCCGGCCAUGAAAAACAGCCUUCGAAGCCUCCCAGCAACAUACAUGCCAAGCCAGUCAGGAAAACAAUGGCAGACGAAGGGGAUGGAGAACCGCCAUGCCAUGAGCUCCCAGUACAGGAUGUGCUCCUACCACCCACCCGCUUCUUACCUGGGCCAGGGGGUCGGCACUCCGGUGUGCGUCCCGCAGAUCCUGACCUCGGAGGACGUCCCCUCGUACUCAGAGUCAAAAGUGAGAGCAGGUAGAGUACAGAUAUUAGAAUGUCUCUGCUGGAGCAGACCAAACCCUAUUUAGCUGCUUUCCUGUCCCUGGAACAGGCCAGUAACGGGUAACAGAGAAACAGAGAAACAGUGGGGUGUUCCUACUUCAUAUGUCCACAAUUCCCGUGGUGCUACAGCAUUUGAAGCUUCUGAACUAUCAUAUUCAGUUACCUGCAGCAGACCUGCAUUCCAUGAACUGAGCUAAUCCUUCCAGACGCUCUUCAUGCUUUUCAUCUGUCUGUAGCAAAGAACUUGGCAGUUUAAUUUGGUAUGGUUGGGAAGUAUUUCAUUUUGUUUAUUUUACACCUGACAAUUCUUUAUGCUGUUUAUUCUGUGUGUGGAGUGACAGCACUGACAACAGCAUCCAGCCUCAUUUGCUUCUCUGAUGCACAUGUACAUUGAAGUGAAUCUUCUAUGUUGGCACACAUGUGCUGAGCCUUUUUUUUUCCAUCUGAUGAAAAGAUGCAUGUUAUGCAGGUCCCAUAUCUGUUUUCAGUCAUGGCUUUUUUGUUGCUGAUGUCCUGGUGUCUGUUUCAUUUGUUUUGUGGUGAAAAACAUGAUUGUGGUUAAGUUACUUUAAGGACUGAGAUGAAGCUUUGGAAGGUGAAAUACGUUUAAGUCAUAUCUAUGGCUGGUGUAAAUCAGCAUUGAGCCUUGAAUUCAGUAACUCCACAAUGAUUUAUACUGAAGAGGAGGCUGCUGUUUCACAGUGGCUGUUUUCUAAAAGUCUUCCAACUAAA